AGAAAUAGCACCCUCCGAUAAAAACGCAGCUCCUUACCAGAUAUACGCCUGCCAAAACUGCCUCGCCGCCCCCCUGCCGGGCUCCUUCUCAGUGUCUCCGUCUCGCGCGCCUGCUGUCCGUCUGCAGUGGAUUCCCGUCGCCCCUGCCCGGCCCCAGCAUCGACUCUCCGACCGGCAUCCAGACCCAGGCAUGACCCCUCGGUAGCCUUGUCCGCCUCGCCCUCCCAACGAUACAACUAUGCUGGAUGCUGUGUACCCACGGCUGCCGGAAUUAUAGCAGCGUCGCCCUCUACACAUCGUCUCUCCCACGAUCCGCGGUGCCUGUUGCACCUGAAUAUUGACUAUGGAGGCUCAGGUCGAGAAUGCCGUCGAGAUUCUGUCGAAUCCCAUCUCCGACCAGUCCCUCAAGGAGCAAGCCUUCGAAUACCUCAACCAGCUCCGAACCGAUCCCCAAGGAUGGCAGCCGUGCACCACCCUCUUCGCCCGAACGCCGCGCACUUCCGAGGUAGUGCGUCUGGUCUGCCUUGAGGUCGUCAACUACGCUGUCCACAACCAGGGCCUCGACCCUGCCAGCCUUGGCUUCCUCAAGGACACCCUCCUCCAGUACUGCCGCCAGACCUACGGCCCCGAUGCCCAGCAAGAAGCGGACCCCCCACAUCUCCAGAACAAGCUCGCCCAAACACUGACGUAUCUGUUUGUGUUCCUCUAUCAGGAUGGGUGGCAGAGCUUCAUCGACGACUUCCUAGUGCUGGCGGGCAUACCCAACAACGCCGACAACGUCUCCGGCGUCGUCUUCUACCUCCGAGUCCUUGGCUCCAUCCACGAUGAGAUCGCUGACAUGCUCCUGUCAAGAGAGAGCAGCGAUGCCAAGCGCAAUACCGAACUCAAAGACCAGCUCCGUGCCCAGGACAUGAACAAGGUCUCCGAGUCUUGGAAACAACUCCUCACUCAAUACAACACCAAUGACGCUGUCGUGGAGCUGGUCCUCAAGGUCCUGGGGAAGUGGGUUAGUUGGAUAGACAUUUCUCUGGUCAUCAGCCAGGACAUGCUCAGUCUCCUGUUGCCAGUGGUCGGGCGGGUUCGCGGCUCAGGUGGUGAAGACAAGGUCCGUGACACCGCUAUCGACACCCUGACCGAGAUUUGUGGCAAGAAGAUGCGGUCAGGAGACAAGAUGGAGAUGAUUUCCUUCAUCAAUCUGCAGGGAAUUGUCGAACAGUUAGUUGCUAGCCCUCCCUUGAGCGAGUUCAAGGGAUCCUCUCGAUACGACACCGAUCUGGCCGAGGCUGUUGCCAAGCUAGUGAACACGGUCCUAUCCGACAUUGUUCGGGCCCUCGAGGACAACCAGAUCAGUGAUGAAACCCGCGCGAGGGCCAACCAGCACCUGAAUGGCUUCCUCCCCUUCCUCCUCCGAUUCUUCGCCGACGAGUACGAUGAAAUCUGCUCAACCGUCAUUCCCGCCCUUACAGACCUGCUUACCUUCCUCCGUAAAGUUGGCCAACUGCCACAGGAAUACGGCAACAUGCUUGCCCCGAUUCUAGAUGCCAUCAUUCGCAAGAUGAGAUAUGAUGAGACUUCGAUGUGGGGGAAUGAAGACGAGCAGACCGACGAGGCCGAGUUCCAAGAGCUACGGCGAAAACUGCAGAACCUUCAAAAGACCAUCGCUGCCAUCGACCAGGCUCUGUAUAUGGAGAUGCUUAGCAAUCUAGUCGCCACCACCUUCCAGACCCUCGACCAGCAAGGCUCGCAGAUGGACUGGCGGGAUUUGGACCUCGCCCUCUACGAGAUGUACCUAUUUGGCGAGCUUGCCCUCCCCAACCAGGGUCUGGGGACCAAAAACCAGCCAAACAGCGAAGCCUCUGAGAGGUUGAUUGUCAUGAUGCGAAAGAUGGUAGAGUCAGGCAUUGCGACCUUUUCUCAUCCUGCGAUUCUGCUUCAGUACAUGGAGAUUUGCGUCCGUUACUGCGUUGUCUUCGAGAGCAACCAAGAGUACAUCCCCCAAGUCCUGGAGAACUUUGUCCGACUGGUUCACCACGACCAUGUUCGUAUCAAGACCCGGUCAUGGUAUCUUUUCCACCGAUUUAUCAAGCAACUCCGCGCUCAGGUCGGCAACGUCGCCGAGACAGUCAUUCAGUCGAUUGGAGACCUACUGCCCAUCAAGGCCGAGGUCCCAGGAGAAGACGCCGACGACGACAUGUCAUCGGACGAGUCUGAUCAUUCUGCGGAUGCCCUCUUCACGAGCCAGCUGUAUCUUUUCGAGGCUAUUGGGUGUAUAUCGUCCACCCAGAGCACACCGCCUGAGAACCAGGCACUCUAUGCCCGCUCCGUGAUGGACCCUCUCUUCACGGAUAUGGAGGCUCACCUCCCUCGAGCCAAGUCGGGUGAUGCCCAAGCCACCCUCCAAAUCCACCACAUCGUCAUGGCUCUAGGAACACUGGCGCACGGCUUCUCCGACUGGACUCCUGGCUCGAUUGCCGCCAACGCUCAUGGUCCCCCAGCCAAGGCCGUUUCUGACGAGUUUUCUCGUGCCGCCGAAGCGAUACUGAUCGCCUUGAACCAGCUCAACUCGUCCGCCGAGAUCCGAACAGCUUGUCGAUCUGCCUUCUCCAAGUUGCUCGGUGUUCUCGGCUCUGCGGUCCUACCACAGCUUCCCCAGUGGAUCGAAGGCUUGUUGUCUCAGAGCUCGUCCAAGGAUGAAAUGGCCAUGUUCUUGAGAUUGUUGGACCAAGUGGUCUUCGGCUUCAAGUCGGAGAUCUACGACGUUCUCAACAUGUUGCUCACACCGCUCCUUCAACGAAUCUUUGGUGGUCUCACAGAACCCAUCGCUGGAACCGACGAUGAGAUCCAACUGGCUGAGCUGAGAAGGGAGUACCUCUCAUUCCUCCAAAUCAUCCUCAACAACGGUCUUGAGGGCGUUCUCAUUAGCGAGUCCAACCAAGGCUUCUUCGAGCCGAUGAUCUCCUCCAUCAUCGAGCUCUCAAAGACGCUCGAAAACAACAUCGGACCUAGCAGACUGGCGUUUACCCUGAUGGCACGAAUCUCGGCCGUUUGGGGUGGCCCCGAUAUCGCGACCAUCGCCCAGAACCCGACCGCACCUUCGGGAGCCCCCAACCCCGCAAUCCCCGGGUUCGAUCAGUUCAUGAUUGACCGGUUCCACGCGGCCUGCUGGGAGGUCAUGAGGAACCCCAACUUCCGACCGUGGCAGGAUGCUCAGACGAAGCAAAUCCUGGUAGAAAUUGCAGGCCUGGAACAAAUCCUCUACACCAAGACGGGAGAAGUCUUCAUUCAACAGCUACAGAAUGGGCUGUUCCCCAGCAUGGGAAUCGACGGCGAUAGCUUCUUGCGAUCCCUCACUACGUCGACUGACAAGAAGACAUUUGCGUCAUACCUCCAAGGCCUGCUUAAGAACCGACAGUAGAUGAAUGGACAGCAGAGGAGUGAACAGAAGAGUAGUGGACAGAAGAGUAGUGGACAGCAGAGGAGUGGACAGUAUGGUAGGAGUGGAUCCGGCUAGACGAGCCGUAGGAGAAUGAGGCAUGGUGAACGAGGGAUGUACGGAAGCCCCACGGCGCAUAUCAGGGAGUUGGAGGACAGAACCAUUAGAGUCAAAAGAACAAAUCUUCUUUGUCAUUUUUUGUCAAUAUUCCCGGCCAUUGGCGGCCUGCUUAUCUGGCGGUCGAGGGUUGUGUAGGGGGUGAACCCUGGGGAUGAGGAUAGAUGAAAUACAACAUUCUACAUCAUGGGCAUAUACCACGAACCGAACCUUUCGUUGUGCAGGAUGGUUGCUGAAUUACCAAAGAUGAGAAUGUUGCUGUUUAACAACGAUGAUAGAAUAAAUA